AUGAGCACACCAGACCAGCGUGGAUUACGCAUACAGCGCGUAAACGGUCUUCCUGAAGCAUACUCCGGUGUAAGUACGGUGUGGUUACUGUCUACAUUGGGAGGAUCGCGUAACAUCAACACAGUUGGCAUCAAAAAAAAGGACAUUUUGUCAGUUUCCAUUCCCAUGACCUGUGAGUCUCUUCUACAGCAUAAAAGUGACUACACGCUGAAAUCGGCAUCCAGUUUGUUAUAUGGAGUUACCGUUUGUUACAGCAAAAAAACUGACUAUGUGUUGGCAGAUGUUAACAGCGUUAAAACACAAUUGCAUCGACAAUUGUUUGAAUCGACCCGAAAAUCAGCGGGACUAGUCACAAGCGUCAAUCAGCACACAAUUUUUGACGGUGUGCAUGAAUAUCGGGAUUUGCGAGAGUUUCAAGAAAUGCAAUCAGCGGCAGCCCAUGGAAGACGCUACAACAAUGCGAUUUUGAUGGACGAUCCAGCUUUCGAUAUAAACCAUCUUAAUGACAUCUCAUUUCUUUAUGGGGACAAACGUUCAAAAGGCUCGUCUGCAAGCCUUAUUCAUCAGCGCGACAUGUUAGACGAACUGAAAAAUGGUUACAGUUACGAAACAGGGCCCAACGUCGGCUCUAUAGAGGCACGCUAUACUAACAACCGAGACUACUUGAGAAACCCAGAGUUUUCAUCACUCGACGCGGAUUUACGUUUGGAUUUUGAUGACGUGCUCAGCGAGAACGAAAUGGGAUCUACGAAAGCUCGAAGUGUUAAUAGUUUUGAUCAAUCUGAUCAGGAUGACUUUGAUCUUCUUUUCGAUAGAGAAAAAGUGGGAAAUGCCAAUUUUGAAGAAUUGCCAGAUCUUGAUCUUCUUGCUUCAGAUCAAGACAAUGAUGAAAAUCCAGACAACAGAAUACUCUCUCAGAAAUGGCAAGAACGCAACGUGCAUACCAACAAGAGACGAAAAGUUGUUCGUGGUGUCCCAGAUAUGAUUCAUCUGAAAAUUGACGAAUCCACAGGUCUGGGUAACGGAGUUCUUCGAGAGAAUAGCGACAGAUACUGUGCGAUUAUGGAUUCCAAAAUGAGAGUCGUCAAAGUUCAGCCAGAUGAGGCGUCUAAUCCUGCCCGGUGGAAAGGUACACUACUCGAGGCUGAAGGGCCAGCUUUUCUUCGUCUUUGCUACGCACGACUACUGUUUGCGGCUGAUGCCGAUCCCGAUGCUUCUUCUUUUGAGCACGGUUCGUUGAGUGUGGACGAAAUCGAGCGCGGUCGACAAAAAAUGCGGUCACUACCUCCCUCCAGAUCUAACAGCAGUGUUGCAAGUGCAGAGAGAGGAAGAAGAAUGGGACCAGAAAUACUUCAAAGAAGUGGUAGUGACGAAAACAUGGAAUCUUUUGAUCUUCCGGACCUACAGGAGAUUGAUGAGUACGUUGAGCCAAUCAAUCGCGAAGAUGUCUUUGACGGAGUGAGGGAAGACUUCAUGCGGAUUGAUCUACAACUCCCGCCUUCUAGCUUCGGAAGAUCUUCAAGCAGAACAGAAUCGGGCUCUAGAGAUCAGAUCGAGGAGUUACGACGCAUGCACAGUGAAAGGCGGGCACAUCGAAAUAUCACACUGCAGGGUGUAGAAGAUAUUGAUGAAAGCUCUGAGCAGCAUGAACCAGUUGACACUGGUCUUAGGGGAUCUACCCAGAACCAGGUCCUUGACAACCAAAGUCGCAGAUUCUUCGACUAUAUUUUGGAGCGUGCGUCUUUUGCUGGUAAAACAACCAAGUCUCAUCCUCCUUUCACCAAGAAACUUCUAUUCGAGGAUAUAAUACCCAGCAAUUUUAGGACUGAAGGGUAUAUCAGCGAUGAGGCCAACAACAGUGCACCAUCAGUGACAAGAAAAGUGGCGGCUAACGCCUUUCUCUCGCUUCUUCAGCUGGCUUCAAAGUCUUGUGUUGACAUUGAUCAUUUUGAUCCUAGAACACAAUUCAGCGGCCUCAGCGGCACAGAUAUUCUUGUUUGUAUUUAG